AUUAAAUAAAUCAACAAAAUUUGAUUUCAUUGUUCUUCGUUUUUCUUUGUUAAUGACUCUUCACCAACCUUUUACUUCUUUUACGACGAGUCUUUUCAUCAAACGAGUCUCUUUUGAUCUCAAUUGUUCAUUUGUCUCUCCUGCUCUUAAAGUACAUGGCGGCGUAAGAAUGUCAAGUCAAACUAUUGUACGACGGUCUGGAAAUUACAAACCUCCUAUUUGGAAAGCUGAGUUCAUUGAAUCAUUAAAAAGUGAAUUCAAGGGAGAAAUAUACGUAGAACGCUUGAAUGAGCUAAAGGAAGAGAUUGGUAUUAUCAUGAACCAAAUAAUAGACGACCCUUUAAAGCAACUUGAGCUGAUUGAUACUUUACAACGACUUGGAAUCUCAUAUCAUUUUGAGAAUGAGAUUAAGGAUGUGCUGAAAAGAACAUAUGAAAAGAGAUAUGAAGGUGAUGAUUGGAAAAAGAAUAAUAUGUAUGCAACAUCACUUGAAUUUAGACUACUAAGACAACAUGGAUUCAAAGUUUCACAAGAGGUUUUCAAUAACUACAAGGAUGAAAUGAAAAACUUUAGCACACGACUCUAUGAAGAUUUAAAUGGAAUGUUAUCUUUGUAUGAAGUUUCGUUCCUACGUAUAGAAGGUGAGAACAUUUUAGAGGCAGCAAAACAUUUCACAAUCAACUAUUUGAAAAAAUAUAUGAGAUCGUGCAAGGAUGAACAUGAAGCGUCCAUUAUUAGACAUGUGUUGGAGUUUCCCUUACAUUGGCGAAUGUCAAGAUUGGAUACAAGAUGGUUCAUUGAUAUGUACGAGAGAAAAGUGGAUAUGAAUCCUAUUCUUCUCGAAAUUGCCAAAUUAGAUUUCAAUCGAGUUCAAUCUAUCCAUCAAGAAGACCUGAAAUAUGCAUCAAGUUGGUGGAGGAGCACUGGAUUUGGCGAAAAGUUGAGCUUUGCAAGAGAUAGAUUGAUGGAAAAUUUUUUCUGGACAGUGGGUGUCGGAUUUGAACCCGAGCUCUCAUAUUUUAGAAGAAUGGCCACAAAAGUUAAUGCAUUAAUAACAACAAUAGAUGAUAUUUAUGAUGUCUAUGGCACAUUAGAUGAACUCGAGCUCUUUACCGACGCUGUAGAGAGGUGGGACGUUGGUGCAGUGGAUCAAUUACCUGACUAUAUGAAAAUAUGUUUUUUUAGUCUCCACAAUUCUGUCAAUGAGAUGGCUUUUGAAGUACUAAGAGACAAAGGAAUUAAUGUGCUUAAAUACCUUAAGAAAGCGUGGGCAGAUUUGUGCAAAGCUUAUAUGUUGGAGGCUAAGUGGUACCACACCAACUAUAAACCAACGUUAGAAGAAUAUUUAGACAAUGCAUGGAUUUCAAUAUCGGGACCAGUUAUAUUAGUUCAUGCAUAUGCUUUCGUGACAUCCCCAACGCUCCAAGACAUGGAGAGCUUGGUAGAAUAUGCUGAUAUAAUUUAUUGGUCUUCCACAAUUUUGCGACUUGCUGAUGAUCUAGGAACAUCAUCGGAUGAGUUAGAAAGAGGUGAUAUUCCGAAAUCAAUACAAUGUUACAUGAAUGACACGGGAGCCUCAGAAAGUAAAGCUCGUGAGCAUGUAAGGCGUUUGAUUGAUGAGACAUGGAAGAAGUUAAAUAAGGCUGAAGUUGAGAAUUCUAUCUUUCCUCAAGUGUUCAUCGAGAGAGCUAAAAAUCUUGCUAGAAUGGCUCAAUGCAUGUAUCAACACGGAGAUGGACAUGGCAUGGGGUACCAAGAAAUAAAUGAUCGUGUAAUGUCUCUACUUAUUCGACCCAUUUCCACACAUUCAUAUAGUAAAUAAUGGUCGAAUUUUUUCAAAUUGGUGUAACGGAAGCGGAAACAAAAUCGAUUGCACUCACACAUCCUAUAUGUUCACGAAGUUGUGGGGUUAUUUUACUUAAUAGAAAUGUGAAGCAUUUUGGAAAAGGAAAAAUGUGCAGGUUCAAGCCUCAUGUUUGGAAACCGAACUAAGCUUUGGAAGGAGGGGCACCCAGCUCAGCCCAAACCCAUAACCUGCGCAACCCGCACGCAUAUACAGCCCGCAGCCUAAACCUGCCUUGCCAACUUGUGACCUAGAUCAACUCGACAACCCGAACUAACCUUGAAAACUCGUCCCUCGACUAAACAACUCGUUGUCGGUCCAGUGCAAUCCCUUACAUGCGCCACAUCCAUAGAUUCACUGAGCUGACCGCUCCCAACGGGUUCUCGGCAGCUUCCCGGUGACUUUCUGCCAGCUCUCGGCAGCUCCGAUCAGCUUGUCGGCUCAGCUUAUCAAUUUUUACCAUG